AACGAAAUAUAACCGGAUUGAGGACGGCUACUUACGGGUUAUUAUUUUUGAAAACUCGAUUACCUCCCUUGGCAGGAACUCUUCAAAGUAGAGAAUAGAAGCUUUCAGAAUGAUGCAACCACAGAUUAUCUUGUUGAAGGAAGGGACAGACUCUUCUCAGGGAGUCCCACAGAUAGUUAGCAAUAUAAAUGCUUGUGGUGCAAUAGCAGAUGCUGUCAGAACCACUCUUGGCCCAAGGGGCAUGGACAAGCUUAUGGUUGAUGAUAAAGGUAAAGCAACAAUUUCUAAUGAUGGGGCCACCAUUUUGAAAACCCUGGAUAUUGUUCACCCAGCAGCUAAAACUUUAGUUGAUAUUGCAAAAUCACAAGAUGCUGAGGUUGGAGAUGGUACAACUUCUGUUGUAUUAUUAGCUGGAGAAUUCCUUAAGCAGUCCAAGCCUUAUAUAGAAGAGGCAGUGCAUCCACAAGUUGUCAUCAAGGCAUUCAGAAGAGCAGCUGCACUAGCUGUUGAGAAGGUUAAAGAACUUGCUGUACAAAUUAAAAGAAGCAACCCAGAAAAUAAAUUGGACAUUUACAGAGAUCAGAGACAAAUGUUGUUGAAAUGUGCAGCUACCUCGCUCAGUUCUAAACUGGUUUCUCAUCAGAAAGAAUUCUUCUCGAAGAUGGUUGUGGAUGCUGUUCUCAUGUUGGAUGAGUUACUUCCCUUGAACAUGAUUGGUGUGAAGAAAAUAACAGGUGGUGCAUUGGAAGAUUCAAGGCUAGUUGAUGGUGUAGCGUUUAAGAAGACAUUCAGUUAUGCUGGUUUUGAAAUGCAACCGAAGAAAUAUGAAAAUCCAAAAAUAGCUUUGCUGAAUGUAGAGCUUGAGUUGAAGGCAGAGAAAGAAAAUGCUGAAAUUAGAGUUGAUAAUGUCCAAGAAUAUCAAGCUAUUGUAGAUGCAGAAUGGAAAAUUUUGUAUGAUAAAUUAGACAAGAUUCACAAGAGUGGAGCUAAAGUAGUUUUGUCUAAAUUACCUAUUGGAGAUGUAGCAACACAGUAUUUUGCUGACAGAGAUAUGUUCUGUGCUGGGCGUGUGGUAGAUGAAGAUUUAAAGAGAACAAUGAAGGCAUGUGGUGGUUCUAUACAAACAUCAGUUGGUAAUCUCGUAGACAGUGUAUUAGGCUCAUGUGAGAAAUUUGAGGAAAUACAAGUUGGUGGAGAGAGAUAUAAUUUGUUUACUGGCUGUGUACGAGCUAAGACAUGUACGUUAUUAUUACGUGGUGGUGCGGAACAGUUUAUUGAGGAAACAGAAAGAUCUCUACACGAUGCCAUUAUGAUCGUUAGACGAGCAAUGAAAAAUGAUUCUGUUGUUGCUGGUGGUGGAGCUAUAGAAAUGGAACUAAGUAAACAUUUACGAGAUUGUUCACGGACAAUAGCUGGUAAAGAACAGUUGCUGAUCGGAGCUAUGGCCAAGGCAUUUGAGAUCAUUCCUAGACAGUUGUGUGAAAAUGCUGGUUUUGAUGCAACCAAUAUUCUCAAUAAACUCCGACAAAGUCAUGCUCAAGGUGGCAAGUGGUAUGGAGUUGAUGUCCUUAAUGAAGAUAUAGCUGACAAUUUUGAAGCUUUUGUUUGGGAACCUUCUGUAGUAAAAAUUAAUGCUAUCACAGCCGCCGCAGAGGCUACCUGUCUUAUACUGUCUGUAGAUGAAACCAUAAAAAAUCCACAAGCUGGAGGUGAAGGAGGUCCUCCAGGAGGAAUGGGGCGGGGUCGAGGACGACCUAUGUAGACUGAAUAUUCAUUAAAUUAAGCCUCAGUGUGAUUGUUAUGUAAAUGUGCUGGUUUUUUUCUGAAGAUAUUAUUUAUUUCUCAUCAUGGAGUACUAGAAUUAGGGAAAAUACAUAUGGAUGUCACAUUGUAUAUUAUAUUAAGAAAUAGCAUGUAUUCCGUUUAUUGUACUGGUUGCGCAAGUUUGACAGCAAAAGUUAUUUCUUGACAUUAUCACAUUAAUGGUACUGCUUAAAAUUAUGUAUUUGAAAUUAUCUAAGAAAUCCUUGAGGCUUGCUUUUGUCACUUGCCAACCACACUAUUGUUUAAGAGGCAUUUACACAGUAUGCUAAUAUGCAAUAGUCAUUAAAAUAAUCUUGUCUCUUAUUGUUGACUGAAAAGAGUUUUGUUUUGAAAAACAUUGUCUUCAUUAUUAGCAAUAUUAUUAAUUUAAGUUUUACUAUAUGAAACAAAACUUUUACAUUUUUCCCCUCUCGCUAACAAUUGUGUUCAUGAUGUAUCAGUAAAUAAGUUAAGUGUCAAAAGGUCAGUUCGUUCAACAUUUUAAAUGUAAACAAUUAAGUCCCUGUGAUAAAAUACAUACAUGUUUCAUUUUCUCUGCCAUGGCAUCAAAUUUAUUGAAUAUAGAACUGUUGUAAAAAUAUUUCACCCCAGUUAAAUUUAUAUAUUAAAAUAAACUGUAUUGUAAAACAUAUAUUUUCCCAUAUCUUUUGCAUAAUUCACUUACAUACAUAAAAUCCAACAGAAGGAAAAUUUUAAAUUUGGGACAGUAUGAAUAUUGUAAAAAAUUAUCUUGAUCUAUUUUAUAAUUCAUUUGAUUUCCUAGAUUUUUACUAGAAUGGAUGACAUAUCUCAGUAUAGUAAAAUCCACUUCAGUGAAAUACAAGUUCCAAAUCAAGACACUUUUGUAAUAAGGGUUAUGUAUUAAAACAUCUGUAUCACAUAAUUAACACAAUUUGGUUUUCAAGGUUUUAAUUGUAUAAAAUUAAAUAUUUUCAAAAUCCCUAUUCAUGGUUAAAUCAUGGUGAUGAUACCUGAACUGUCUCGAUUCUUGUUUAGAAUAUUAUUAUGUUCAUUCUUUGUUAUUGUAUAUUUAUUGAAACGUUUUUGCAACAGUUCUAUAUUUGAUUAACAGCUGAAUGUUUGUAGUUUUUGUACAUGCUUCAUUUUAAUAGUCUUUUUCUACUAAAAAUAAAUUAUGAAAAGUG